AUGAGAGCAAGAACUGAUCCUGCCUUUUCUGAAUAUUUGAUGCAAAUAGGAAGCGGAAAAGCAGAAACAAAUUGUCAGGGUAAGAUUGAAAUUCCCGAUUCUUUUAUUGUUCCUUUUAUUAGCGAACAAGAAUCUUUGAAUGUUUUAUUUAAAAUAACUUAUCCAAAUUUAUAUACAUCUUCCUGUGAUAUGGCCUCUGUGACUUCUCGUGUUAUUCUGACAACAAAAAAUGAUUUCGUUGAUGAAAUAAAUGACACGCUCAUUAUUCAAUUCUCUGGUGAUUCUAGAACAUAUGUUGCAUUUGACGAAACCACUGAAACGCAUGAUCAAAGCCAAUAUGAAGAUUUCUUGCAUAGUUUACAUCCUCCGGGUUUACCUCCGUACAAAUUAACUUUGAAAAAAGGUUGUCCAGUAAUGUUAUUGUGGAAUCUAAAUCCCUGCGAAGGCUUGUGUAAUGGUAAACGACUUAUAUGUCGUAAUUUUCAAAAACAUGUUAUAAGUGCUACAAUUGCAAGCGGUGACUUCAAAAACACCUAUGUAUUUAUUCCGAGAAUACCGUUAUUGUCCUCGCAGGAUGAGAAACUGCCUAUUCCUUUUAAAAGAACACAAUUUCCUAUUAGAUUAUGUUUUUCUAUGACAAUAAAUAAAGCUCAAGGUCAGACUUUAGAUUUUGUUGGAGUUUAUUUACGAGAGUCUGUUUUUUCACAUGGUCAGCUUUAUGUUGCUCUAUCACGAGCAAAAAACUCGAAUUGUGUAAAAAUAUUAAUCCGGCCGCCAACAGUUGACAGCGACGAUGAUCAUACAACAUACAAUAUAGUAUAUGAUGAAAUCAUUCAAGCGGCUGCCUUAUAA